UUGAGUGAAGUAAUAGCAGCACGGCAUGAUGGCCUUUGAAACAAGUCACUCUUGUCUAUCCCGCGCAACUACCACAACCCACUUCUUCUUAUCCUCCAAUAUCAAAUCACUGAAACCUAUUUCGCUUCCAUCCAGAUUCUUCCAUUGCCGAUCGAAACGCCUCGUUUUGACGCCGAGAUUUGUGGUGAAAGCUUGCGCGGUGAAGGUUGAAGAGAACAAUGUGUCCUCAAAAUCACGAGAAGGUGGAGGAGAGUGGGGGAAGGUUUCUGCAGUGUUGUUUGACAUGGAUGGUGUUCUCUGCAACAGCGAAGAGCCUUCUAGAAGAGCUGCCGUUGAUGUGUUCGCCGAGAUGGGCGUCCAAGUCACCGUCGACGAUUUCGUGCCAUUCAUGGGAACCGGAGAAGCAAACUUUUUGGGAGGUGUUGCUUCUGUUAAGGGAGUUAAAGGAUUUGACCCUGAAGCUGCAAAAAAGAGGUUCUUUGAAAUAUAUUUGGAUAAGUAUGCAAAACCAGAUUCAGGAAUAGGAUUUCCAGGUGCCAUCGAACUCAUUUCUCAGUGUAAAAGCAAAGGGCUUAAAGUGGCUGUUGCAUCUAGUGCUGAUCGUAUAAAGGUUGAUGCAAAUCUAGCUGCUGCUGGUUUGCCAUUGUCAAUGUUCGAUGCGAUUGUGUCUGCCGAUGCUUUUGAGAAUUUGAAACCUGCUCCUGAUAUUUUCUUAGCUGCAUCGAGAAUAUUGAAUGUGCCCCCCAGUGAGUGUAUUGUUAUAGAAGACGCAUUAGCUGGAGUGCAAGCUGCCAAAGCUGCACAAAUGAGAUGCAUAGCUGUAAGGACCACAUUAGCAGAUGAGGUUUUAGAGUCUGCUGGCCCAAUGCUUAUCCGAGAUGACAUAGGAAGUGUUUCACUGGAUGAUAUUCUCAGUGGUGGCUCUGUUGGAUAUAAUAAGAGGAUGCAGGGCUCUGAAACUCUAAAUAACUCUGUGCAAUCUUCAUCUGCUGUGCUUUCUGGAAAAACAGAUGAUGGAGUUGGAAAGAUUACAAGUGGUACGGAUGAGGGAAUUUUCUCAAUUGGCGGGUUGCAGGGUUCUCGGCGAGAUAUACUGAGAUUUGGAAGUCUGGGCAUUGCUAUGUCUUGCCUUGUCUUCACCUUAAGUAACUGGAAGGCAAUGCAAUAUGCUUCCCCUAAAGCAGUUUGGAAUCUGUUGUUUGGUGUUACCCAGCCACCUUUGGAACAGAAAGAAGGUAACUCAAGAUAUGAUAGGGUCCAGCAAUUUGUGAAUUACAUAUCUGAUCUGGAAAGCAGGGGAAAUGCUCAAAUUGUUCCAGAAUUUCCGUCUAAACUUGAUUGGCUGAAUACAGCUCCUCUUCAGUUUCACAGGGAUCUGAAAGGAAAAGUUGUUCUGCUGGAUUUCUGGACUUAUUGUUGUAUAAACUGUAUGCAUGUGUUGCCGGACCUAGAUGCUUUGGAGAAAAAAUACAAAGAUAUGCCGUUUAUAGUUGUGGGUGUUCAUUCUGCAAAAUUUGAUAAUGAGAAAGAUUCUGAAGCCAUUCGCAAUGCAGUUCUACGCUAUGGCAUCACUCACCCGGUUGUCAAUGAUGGAGACAUGUACCUUUGGCAUAAGUUGGGCAUAAAUUCAUGGCCAACAUUUGCUAUCAUUGGCCCCAAUGGUAAGCUCCUUGCACAACUUGCAGGAGAAGGUCGCAAGAAGGAUCUUGAAGAUUUUGUGGAGGCAGCACUUCUGUUUUAUGGAAAGCAGAGCAUGUUGGACAAUACACCAAUUACAUUGACUUUGGAAAAAGAUAAUGAUCCUCGCCUAUUGACAUCUCCAUUGAAGUUUCCUGGAAAGCUAGCAAUUGAUGUCCUCAAUAACAGGCUUUUUAUUUCUGACAGCAACCACAACCGCAUAGUGGUUACCGACCUUGAUGGGAAUUUUAUUGUACAAAUUGGUAGCAGUGGGGAGGAAGGUUUGCAGGAUGGUUCCUUUGAUGAUGCCACCUUUAACCGCCCUCAGGGCCUUGCUUAUAAUGCAAAGAAAAAUAUCCUAUAUGUUGCAGACACCGAAAACCAUGCUUUGAGGGAAAUUGAUUUUGUUAAUGAAAGAGUGCGUACUCUUGCUGGAAAUGGGACCAAGGGCUCUGAUUAUAUUGGAGGAGGAAAUGGAGACGCUCAGCUGCUCAAUUCCCCUUGGGAUGUCUGCUUUCAUCCAUUAAAAGAAAAAAUUUAUAUUGCCAUGGCUGGCCAACAUCAAAUUUGGGAGCACAAUUUAUUGGAUGCAGUUACAAGAGCAUUUAGUGGUGAUGGCUAUGAGAGAAAUUUAAAUGGAUCAAGUUCUACAAGCACCUCAUUUGCACAACCUUCUGGUCUUUCGUUGUCCCAAGAUCUGAUGGAGAUCUACAUCGCUGAUAGUGAGAGUAGUUCAAUUCGAGCUGUUGAUCUGAAAACAGGAGGAUCUCGGUUGCUAGCUGGUGGUGACCCAAUCUUCCCUGACAAUUUGUUUAAGUUUGGUGAUCAAGAUGGAAUAGGCUCUGACACACGUCUUCAACAUCCACUGGGGCUUACAAGUGCAAAGGAUGGCGAAAUUUAUAUUGCAGAUAGCUAUAAUCACAAGAUCAAGAAGUUAGAUCCAACUAGAAAAAGAGUUAACACAAUUGCAGGGACAGGAAAAGCUGGUUUCAGGGAUGGAACAGCUGUAACAGCUCAGCUUUCUGAACCAUCAGGAAUUGUUGAAGGGAACAAUGGUAAACUAUUCAUAGCCGAUACAAACAACAGCUUAAUCCGUUAUCUAGAUUUGAACACCGGUGAAUUUGAACUCCGUACCUUGGAGCUUAAAGGAUUUCAGCCUCCUAAACCAAAAUCGAGAUCUUUUAAACGUCUGAGGAGACGACCAUCAGUCGACACGGUGCCAAUUACCAUUGAUGCCAUUUCAUCAAAUGAGGGAAAAUUGUCUAUUGAAAUAUCAUUACCAAAUGAGUAUCAUUUCUCAAAGGAAGCAAGCAGUAGAUUCAGUGUUGAUAUUGAACCUGAAGAUGCUGUGAAUAUUGAUCCCCAUGAUGGACUCUUUAGUCCAGAAGGAUCUGCAACCCUUCACUUUAAGAGAUCCUCCAACUCUGCUUCAAUGGGAAGAAUUAAUUGCAAGAUAUACUAUUGCAAGGAAGAUGAGGUUUGUUUGUACCAAUCCUUGCUGUUUGAGGUCCCUUUCCGAGAGGGAGUCCCUAACUCUAGCAAAGCAGCCGUCACUCUUGCACAUUUUGUGGAGCCCAAAACUUCAACCAGCAGCAUACUGAAGCCAGUUGCUCCGUGACACUUUAAACCAGAUAAGAUGCAGAAGAACCUUUGGAUCCAAGCAUGCUCCUCUGUUUCAACGUUCAAGAAAAGGGGGAAAAAGAUAUGCUCUCUCUUGUUUCGGUAUUCUAAGAAGAGUUGGUGGCGGCAAAUGAAUUUUUGCGCCAUUAUCAUGGUCAACCAUCACAAUCAUGCGAAAAAACCCAAUCAUAACGUGUUCAUUUUCAUAUUUAUCCCUGGUAAGUUAACUUUUGCAAUUUAAAAUCCUUCAUUGGUCAGAAUAUGAUUUAAGAAGUACCUUGUGACGUGAAAUUGAGGUGAGUUUUAAUUAUAAUAGGAUUAAAUUGAUGUAUAUUUUGAUUAUUGAACCACCAGAUUGCAGAAAUAAAUUUGUGAGGAACUUUAUUGAAAUUGAGCACAUUAGUGAGGGAUCAAAAUGAAAGUUUUUGUGUAAUCAUAAACCCUUACUGAUGAAAGAGAUGUAAAUAUAAAUAUAAGAAGCUGAUAAAUAUUUUAUUUUAAUUUAAU